AUGAAAUAUUUACUCUUUUUGUUUACAUUUUUAAGUGUUAUUUCUACUGCACUUUCAUGGUCUCCUACAGGGGGAUAUGCCCCAGGGAAGGUUGAUUGCCCAGAUAAGAGUUUGGUAAGGGCUGCUUCGGAUAUAUCUGACGAAGAGAAAGAAUGGUUAGAGGGCCGUAACAAGGUUACUAAUGAGAACUUGAUUAGUUUUUUAGAGAAUUGUGAUAUGAAGGAUUUUGAUGCAGAAAAGUUCAUCAAGAAUACCAGUAAGCCAAUUACGAUUGGUCUUGCUUUUUCUGGAGGAGGAUACAGAGCUAUGUUGAAUGGUGCGGGUCAAUUGUCCGCGUUAGAUAACAGAACCGACGGUGCUUCCGACAACGCGUUAGGAGGAUUGUUGCAAUCGUCAACAUAUUUGGUUGGGUUAUCUGGAGGAAAUUGGUUAGUUGGAACUAUUGCUUUGAACAACUUCACUUCUGUUCAAAAGAUAUUGAAAGACGGGGAAAUCUGGGAUUUAGAGCAUUCUAUUGUAAAUUAUGGGGGUUGGAAUGUUUUGAGUACUUAUAAUUAUUACAAGGGCAUUUCAGAUGACAUCAAUGCAAAAGAAGCGGCUGGAUUUGAAGUUUCGUUAACUGAUACUUGGGCCAGAGCAUUGUCCCACCAAUUCUUCACUAAAUUAGACGACGAUGGAGCUAGCUUAACAUGGUCAGAUAUGCGUGAUAUGAAUCCUUUCAAGAAAUACGAAAUGCCAUUUCCUAUUGUAGUGGCAGAUGGUAGAACUCCUGGAACUCAAAUUAUUAGUGGUAAUUCAACUGUUUUCGAAUUCAAUGCCUUUGAAAUGGGAUCUUGGGAUCCUUCCUUGUAUCAGUUUAGUGACGUGAAAUAUAUUGGUACUGAUGCCGAUGAUGGUGAGUCUACCAAUGGUUCUUGUAUCGCAGGAUUUGAUAAUGCCGGUUAUGUUAUGGGUACUUCGUCUUCAUUGUUCAAUCAAUUUGUAUUGCAGAUUAAUACGACAUCGCUUUCAACUACAGUCCAGAACAUAGUCAAACAUUUCUUGGAAAAAGUUUCGAAUGCUGAAGAUGAUGUAGCUAUUUAUAAACCAAACCCAUUCUAUGAAACUGAUGAAGCUUCAAUCAAAUCAAUUGUCAAGAAUGAUACUUUAUUCUUGGUUGAUGGUGGUGAGGAUUUACAGAAUGUUCCAUUACACCCAUUAUUACAACCUCAACGUAAGGUUGAUGUUAUUUUUGCGUAUGAUAACUCAGCAGAUAUAAACGAGUCUUGGCCAAACGGUGCAUCAUUGGUUGCAACAUACGAGAGACAAUUUUUAGAACAAGGUAACGGUACCAUUUUCCCAUAUGUUCCAGAUGUCAAUACUUUCCUUAAUCUAAAUUUAACAACUAGACCAAGUUUUUUUGGAUGUGAUGCAAAAAAUUUAACUUCGUUGCUUGAUCUGGAUACAACGGACAAAGACUCAGUUUUUGAUUCCCCAUUGGUUGUUUAUACAGCCAAUAGACCAUUCAGUUACUGGUCUAACACUUCCACUUAUCAGAUGUCUUACGAUGACAAGGAAAAGAAAGGUGUUAUACAAAAUGGUUAUGAAGCUGCUUCAAGAUUGAACAGCACCUUGGAUAAAGAAUGGGCUGCCUGUGUUGGAUGUGCAAUAAUCAGAAGAGAGCAGGAAAGAAAUGGAAUUGAACAAUCAGAUCAAUGUAAAAAGUGUUUUGAAAGAUAUUGCUGGAACGGUGAUCUUGAUCCAACUGAUCAACCAGGGGUCAAUUUCACAAACACAGGUUUGACAGAUGGCGAAAACCAAGUAUCUGGUAGUGCAUCCUUAAUAUUCGAAAACAGAUACCAAAUCAUGAAAUCCAUGGGUUUUGCUUUAUUAGUUACCGUUGCAUUUUCAUUUGCUGUUUAA